AAGCUGAUUUAAAUCGAGUUUUCAAACCUGUUGAAGUGGGUCUGAGGUUCAGUGGAAUGUACCAUUAUGUGUGAAGGGGGGGGGCAGGCGACUUGCUCUGUUUGUCUCACAUUUGAAAAAGUAAAUUUGGUAUUGCUCGUCGAAUGGUAGCAUUUUUUAGAUUAUUUUAGUAAUGUUAAUUCUAUAUAUCGGAGGACUCGUUGCUACAUUGUUGGUGAAUCUGUCCUCCUGUCGCUCUAUGAUCCGUUGAACUGAUUUGAACUGUGCCAGUUUCACUUUGAGUUUUUGGCGGUUCAAGAACAUGCUGCAACAAUGUCACAUGGUCAACUUCUAUAUAGUUUUUUUGUUCUUGGAUUCUUUCAGAAAGGUCUAACAUCAGAGAUCCAAAUGCAGCAGAUUGUGGUGGCAGCAGUGGGACAAGAAGCUCAUUUCAACUGUCAGCUCCUUCAACCCAAACAAGUCCUGCAGGUCACCUGGCAGAAAGUCUUACCUGAUGGAGAGAAGAAUCUCGGCACCUGCAACAAGUUCUUUGGCCAAACAGUGAAUAGAGACUUCACAGAUAAAGUAGAGUUUAAAAAUGCUUCUCUGCAGAGCUGCUCCAUCGUGGUGAGGCAGCUGACGCAGCAGGAUGAAGGCUGCUAUCAAUGCUUGUCUGUCAGUGUCCAUGGAGUCUCUGUGGCAGGAAGAACCUGCCUCCAAGUCUACGAGCUGCAUGAACCCGUCCUCCAUGUCGGAGAAUCCGACUCUGCUGGAGAGUCCGUUGUGUCGUGUUCAGCCACAGGUCGACCUGCUCCCACCGUAACUCUGAACGUUACACAGCAACACCUUCACUUCUCACACCACGACACUGUCAGCAUCAACAACAACAGUACAGUCACUGUCACCGUGACGGCAGUGCUGUCAGGUUUCCGUGGCAACAGCACCCAGGUUGGAUGUGGAGCCCGAGUGCUGUCUGGUCCUCAGAUGGAGGUGUUUGUGUUGAUUCCUGAGGUGAAACUGUCUGAUGGUUCAGAUGAAAAAUCCGGACCAAAUUGGAGAGAUUUCAGAUGGCCUUUGAUCAUUGUGGUCAAUCUGAUGGUGGCUGUUUGUUGUGUUGCUGUGAUCAUGUCUAGAAAAACCCCUCAGAACAGGAACAUUGAGAUGAGUGAGAUGUUUCAGGAGGAAGACACUCAGAAGACUGAAGAACCUUCAGGUGCUCAAGACAACAGUGAUGUCAGAAAACGGUCACCUACAAAAACAAAUCAAGAAAACAACAUAAAACCGUCACCUUCAGCAGCAAGAAGGAUCGAUGUUGACCAAUGUUGACUCUGAUGACACUAAAUGGCACCAGGACUGUAGCAACAAGUCAGACCUGAUCAAAACCACAUCAUAACUUGAAACAUUAAAAUCCUAGUUCUAAAGUUGCACUGAAAGACUCAAACAACAAUCACAAUUCAAAAAAACAAAGAAAAAAAAGAAAAAGGUUCUGCCUAAUAGGUAAUCGUGCACUGAAGUUUUUGUGAUGAUAUUUUGUGACAGUUAAUUUUUUACCAUCUUUUUUUAAGGAAGCAAAAUUUGUUUUUUUAUGUUUUUAUAUUUUUUUACUUGAGGACUGAUACAAAAAGAAAAUUAAAAUGAGCACAGAAAAGGUGA